AUGAGUCGAGGUGGGGCUAUUCUCAUCAAUGUCGGGUCCGGUCGCGAUAUUCUCGGCUUCGGAAAGACCUUUCGCCGACGUGACGUGCCUCCAUCUCAGCCGCUUAUAACCGACGCAAGUUCCUCGUCGAGUCAAGCAAGCGGCGACGCGACAGUGCGCAAGCCAGAAUCUGAAGGAAGCUAUUCGCAAAGGUGUGCAAAGCCUCAAGCUAGAGCAACAGAGAGCAACAGAGUCUGGCCGGACCAUCAGAACUUGAGAAGCUCACUAGUAAACAAGAAGGUGAUUGGGGGCAUGGACGCUGCUGUCCAGCUACCCUCGAGCGAGAGCUUUUGCGCCACAAUGAGCGCUGGCUAUUGA